AUGCCUCGAAGUUUACCCCCUCACGAAUGCUAUUCUCUCAAGUUAUCUUGCUUGAAUUAUGGACUCGCCCUCUUUGAACCGAACCCUAGCGGUGAUUACGACUUUGUCCGCAUCGGCGACGUUGGUUACAUGUCGGAACACGGCAAGUUCAUCAAGCUCUUCAAUGCGUUCAGCCCUCCAGGGUCCCUGGAAAAUCGUGGUUUUGGUCUUCCAGCCGGUUUUGAACCAAUCCCAGAGGUCUACCAAAAGAAAACCCAAUUAGAAUCCCUACAGCCUGGGUGCCGAAAAUCUGAGAGUGUUAGGAUGAUCGCCGGCAGUUUCUCUAUUUCUGGGUCAGUGCUUGAAGUCACUGCAAGCAGCAGUAUAACAUUGUCCUGUUCAUCUAGAGCGGGUGCUGCACUCAUAACGAAGUUCCGAGCGACACGAAAUGCAGCAUUAGCCUCAAAGGGCAUGGAGGACUAUAUGCUUUCCAACUGCUUCUCUUGGCUGCAACUAGCCCACAACCUCGGCCGACCUGUUUCCUUGCACGACCUCAUAUUCGUCAGGGAAUGUAUCCUGACUGGUGACUGGGCAAAUAUCUCAUGGAACAAUACGGUCUGCGAUACAGACAUUAGUUUCGAGGCUGGCGUUCCUGGUGUAGUUGGUACUGAAUUAUCAUUUUGGGGCCAAUGGCAACAGCAAGUCGAAGUGCCAAAGCGACAGGGUCCGUUCCGGGAAACACCUUUAUCAGAUGGUACAGCUCCUCCAUUUGAUCAGUGCAUAUUCCUGAAAGGGCUGCGUCUGUUCGAAAGAACAUGGUAUGAGAAGGUGAUCAAUUCUCUGAAGGUGACUUCUCAGGGCAGCAAAAAGAAGAUGAAGAAGAUGCAAUCUAUGCAAUCUGGGUUAAAGUUGAUGAUUGACAAGAACUUCAAGGUUGCACCAGUUGGAGACCCAGGAGCAUUCCGUUUAAUUAAAAGCACAUACGACGUUCUUGCAUUCUAUUUAUUUGAGAACUCGGAUGCAGACCUUACAUUGAUUGAUGACAAUGAUGUCUUUUCCCUGGGCCUAAUGCUGAUUCAUUAG